AUGACACGCUCAAAUUUCAUAGAAAUCCCUUUCAAAGAAUUAACUACUAUUAAAACGCUGAACCUACCAGAACUUGGUAUUUUUAAAACAGCUACUUUGAAAUGGUCCAAUAAACCCCAAACGGUAGCAAUGAUUCUUGUCGAAAAUAAUGUAGAUGAUAUUCAAAAGUUGCAAGAUAUACAACAUAAAAAUAUCAUAAAAUUUUACGGAAUAACUUACGAUUUAGAAAACAGUAAAUAUGUUGUAUUUCAGUUUGCUGCCGAUGGAAAUUUGAGAGAUUAUUUAGUUCGCAAUAAAACUAGUACGAGAGCAAAACUAAAAAUGGCGAAAGGUAUAGCUAAAGGAUUAGAAUAUUUACAUAAAAAAGGAAUAGUUCAUGAAAACUUGAGCCCUAGUACAAUAUUUGUCGAGAAUAAAAAUGCACUUAUAGCAAAUCCAACAGUAUCCACAGUAACAAAAAAAGAUUCAUCCGUGAACACUAUGAGAAAUAUGAUACCUUAUUUAGAUCCACAAUCAUUUAAAAACCCGCAACACCGACUCGAUUUUAAAUCUAAUAUUUAUAGUUUAGGCAUAAUUAUGUGGCAAAUUUUUAGUUGUAAAGAACCACUUUCAAAUUAUUCUAAUUUGAUGGCUUUUGUGCACGAUAUUCUAAGUAAUAAGAGAGAAGAGCCUUUUGGAGAUGCACCUGAUGAAUAUAUCAGUCUUUAUAAGGAUUGUUGGUCGUCUGAUCCAGAUAAAAGACCGUCAAUUCAGCAAGUUGUUUCAAGGCUUAUGAAAAUAUCGGUUUGA